UAACAAGUUCCUAGAUUUAGUCAGUGAAAAAUGAAAAUUAUACUACUCUUUCUAAUUUUGAUGGUGUGCAUAACGUUAAUUUCAGCUCGACGUCAUCGCCCGAAACCCGAGACCCCGCAACGACCUAGACCUCCUAUACCUCAUCGACCUCCUCGACCCAGAGUAAAACGUGAAACCAAGGAUUCUCACUCAGCAAUGGGCACGUGCACUGUAAAACUCUUAACGAAAGCAAAUAUGAAGAAAAAACCAAAAUCUCCAGACAAAGAAAUGCCUGGUGCAGUAAUGAUGACCCCAUCACCUAAAAAACGGAUGCCUUUAUUUAUGAAUUCCAAAUUUUUGCAAUUUAUGUUAGCAGAUUAGUUUGCAUUUAGAGUAGAACGAAAAAAAUCGUCAUGAAUAUGAGUGAAUAUUCUGACAUAUGUACUGAAACUGCGUUCAUAUGUAUAAAAAUAUAUAUUUUAUAUAUCGGCUAUUUGUUAUUUAAUAAAUUAAACAAUUCGUUCAUUUGAAUAACUGUUUUUAAUCUGUAAAUGCAAAGUAAUAUAAUAUUUACACGAAUAGUUAUAUAUUAUUGCUUAUUUAAAUUUAGAAUAAACAUAAGUGAUAUAAAAACAGUUUAUAUAUAUUUUUACAUAAGAAUUUGAAUCUCUUAAAAAUAUGGAUAUAAAUUAACAUAACUGCA